CUCGAUUUCACUCCUAUUUUCCCGCGCUCUCUAACCGCGGAGCAUCAACCGUAUUCAAGCAGCCUAUGGCGACUCUCCGGAUCAUCUACAUGACGCUCCAGCUGUGCCCCUAAGCCUUCGUUGAAAGGAACAUGGUGACUCACGAUUUCUGUCAGUGUUUGGUUCUCACGGUGAUCGCCAUGAUUUGCGCCUCUGCCACUCUCCGUCGUCGACUUUCCAGAUUCCACCUCCUACCCUCCUCACUAGAUCCAGCAGCUCCUCUCCUCUCUGCCUCAGAACGAGCGACUUUCCCUCUCAAUUUUGCAUCCUCUCGGUCAAGCUUCGCCUACGCGAACUUCAAUUCACUCGCCAAGUCUCACGUCGGGUUCGGUUACCCGCUACAUUCAGCAAUGUAACGUACUGCUUCUUUCAACCAGUCGCAGGCUCGCAUGCCCAGAACGAUCAAUGCUAUCUCCCUGUCUUGACGGCAUCGCAGCAGAGGAGCGCCCAAGAAGCAGAGCUCGAGCCACCCGCAGGGGUCCCCCGCUGAUGGACGUGCGCGGAGAGCUGAUCGGCGCGCGCUGCAGGCUGAUGAGCGCAAGACGAGCGUGCGCUGUGGAGACGGGCGAAGAGCUCUGGUGAUCGGUAUUGACGACGAGCGCGCCGUCCGGGCGCCGUCGACCAUGGAGAUGGGGAAGUCUGGGGCAUGUGUGCG